UCUAAGGGGGAUUUUACUUAAGGCAUCCAGCCCAUUCUCCGUAAAGCAGUCUUGAACAUUGUUUGAAAAAAGGCCUCUUGAAGAAAACACAGGAAAAGGUUAGUUAACCAUAACGGUUUGUUAGGGAAUGCAAAUUACAUAUUACCUCUAAAGCCAGAUAAAGGACAUCUGGAGAGCAAACAUCUGGGGAGGUUUAAAGGCAAGCGGCGCGAGCAGUCAGAGGUUCCUCGGUGCUCAAGGCUAAGAUGAACACAUCUUCUGCUUUCUGGGCUCUGGCCAUGCCACUGCUACUGCUGGUCUCUGUGGUCCAUGCCCAACCGAACUACAUCUAUGAGGAGGAGUGGGUCAAUACGUGGCGGCAGGGUUUUAACUUCCAGUGCCCACACGGCGAGGCCUUGGUGGCCAUCAGGAGCUACUUCAGCGAAAAAGAGGGAAAUGACCGCCUGUGGAGCUUUGAAUGUCAGCCGACCCCAUCGACCCUGGGAGAGCCCACCGAGUGCUGGUGGGAUGAUAUUAACCGUGCUGGGAUGGAGUGGUCUUCCACCUGCUCCAAUAAUGGGUUGGUGGCGGGCGUGCAGAGUCAGUACUUCCCCGCAGUUCUGGACCGGGAGUGGCAGUUCUACUGCUGUCGCUACAGCCGCAGGUGCCCUUACUCCUGCUGGAAGACCUCUGAUGUUCCAGAGUACCACAGGGAAGAGGCUGAAAUGGUCAUUCCCACUUAUGGCUACUUCAUCAGGGGAGCUCAGACCACCUUCAGUGGGGUGCUCAGGGAUAGGCAGUGGAAGUACAUCCUAUGCAGGAUGACGGAUUUUGAUUGUCAAUUUCAGAACGUCUAAGUUGUGGUUUAGAAAGCACCCAAAAAAUCCUGCAUGACUCAUUAUGUUCAUCUUGAUCUAUGUAAUUCUUAUAUUAUGAUAAUGCUAGUAAAACCACAGAAUUUCACAUUUGCAAAAUAUUUCAUUUUCCAUAUUUCAUUUGUUGUUUUUCAAUGCACCAAAUCCAAAUAAUGUAAAUCGCUUAGUAAUAGCAGUUGACAAGCUUGAUACCUCCAGUAUAUGUUCUGGCAAAUAUUCUGCUGUGUUUUGUUUAUAUCAAAACUUUAAGGUAGCUACAUAAGAACCAAUAUAAUAUCCAUUUUAUUAGAGCAUUAGCUUCCCUGUUGAAUGACAGAGAGACUUUUGUCCUGGUAUCUUGUCUUUCACAGUGAUGAUUUCAAUGCAAAAAGACACAUUUUGAAGGUUUGUUUCAUAGUAAAGCAUUGCAAUAUAAAUCCGA